AUGGAUGCGCGCAAUGCUGCCGAGCCGGAUCAGACGAGGCCUGCUGACGCCCAAUCACCCAGACAGCAGCCGCAGCAAACCAGGCCCGAUACUAGCCUCGCUGGCAAAGCAUCGUUACCACAAGAAGAUCCUCUGGACGAAAGCUCGGUAACGCAGCACAGGCCGGCAUCGGGCAGCCCUGGCCCGGCCAGACAACGACGCAAUAGUGACAGCUUUCAACACGACGACAGCGACUCGGAUGCCGAGACUAUCGUACUAGCUGGCAAGGAUGGACAAUCUCCCUCCAAGGUUCGCAAGGUCAGACAGGAGGAUAAGAGCGACAUCGACAUGGACGGAACCACAGAGAGCACGUCGAAUCGAGAGGAUCGUGGCGAUGUCCCCGAGCCGGAAGCGAGGAACCAUCAGCGCGACAAUUCGAACGGUGAUGCUAAGCUGACUUUCAAUCGAAUACGGAAUAAAGAUGAGUCCAGCGUUCUGAGCUCGGCACAUACCUCACCAAGGAUACCCUCCAGAGCCCCGUCAGUCGAUAGCGGAUCUUCAGAAGACGAUCAGCCUGGCUUCCGCGAUGGCUCGGCAACGAAACGAUCGACCCUCGAAACGCGUCGCCCAAUCGAUGUUAUCCAUUCGCACAAGCGGAAAGUCCCCAAAUCGGACUCCGAGGAUGAGGAGCACGCUCGGAAAGUUCGCCGCCAGCGUACGGCCAGCGUCGGGCUGGACGCAGACCGUAGGCAGAGAGAUCGUCGGCCGUCCACCUCGAAAGCGCAAUAUCUGCAAGCUCAGUAUCGCUCUCCAUCUCCGCCUUUGCGAUCGCCUAGGUCUCACCGCAGAAGUGCCUCGACCCAGUUUUCGUCGUCAACUGGGUUGAGCAUGAAGAAGAAACGCCUACCGCCGCCUCUGCAGCCAACGGAUCAGUCAGACGAAUCCUCCGCUAGUGGAAGCCCCUACCCCCGCAAGCCCAAAGCCAGGAGUUUGGCAGCCUCGAGCAUGGCGGAGACCACCGCUUCUCCAGCUAAAACCACAACGCACAAGAAACACCUUGAUGCCCAUGGGAGAACGCUACUCGCCCGUGCCUGUGCGAAAAGCGAAUUCGAAAUUGCGAAGCAACGCUUGCGAGACAGCCCAGAGGAUCUCAACAUUGCCGAUUAUGCGGGCAAUACACCUCUUCAAAUCGCGGCCCUCAACGGUUGUGAGGACAUUGUCAAGCUUCUGAUCGACGCUGGUUGCAAUCUGGAUUGUGUCAAUUAUGAUAAAGAAACACCUUUGCUCGAUGCGGUCGAAAACGGUCAUUUUGAGGUCAUCAAACUCCUGCUCGAUGCAGGCGUUAACCCCAGAAAGGCCAAUGCCUAUGGCAGGGAGCCUAUUGAUCUGUUGAGCGAAGAGGCUGAUGACUAUGACGAGAUUCGUGAGGCGCUGAACGAAGCGAGGAAACGAUUCGGGGGGCGGACAAAGACAUCUGAAGACAGGCAUUCCCACAUUGACAAGAAUGAGGGAUGUGAUAGCCCCCGGCGGUCGCCUCAACCAACCAAUAGCGCAUCAAAUCGUCGGGGAGGCACGGUCAGAUCCACCAAGACUCGGAACGAUCUUUUGUAUCAGCCGCUCGACGACAAAACGUUACUGCAGGCCGCCGGCAGGGGGGACGAGGAGAUGGUAGCCCGUAUCUUACAGGUGAAGGGGAGUUGCGAGGAUGCAGAACCUAUGGUGGCAGCAGCACGGGGGGGACACGACCUUGUUAUGCAAUUGCUACUGGGGCUAGGCGAGGCAAAUCCCGACCCUAGCCCGGUGUCCUCUCAGCCCGCUGAAUUUGCAACACCAAUUCUAGCUGCGAUUGGACAAGAGAACAUCAAGGUUUUGGAGUUGCUGAUUGAGCAGCCACAAGUCGACCCCACCAAGCGCUUUCGCGGCGAAACCUACUAUGAAAUUGCUCGACGCCGGCAGGGCACCAACUGGAAGGACGAAGAGCAAAUGCUCAAAAACGCAUACGAUGCCUUCAAGUCAUCUGCAAAGACAAAGUCACCGGGUCGCCGAGGUCGGGAGAGGGACAGAGAUGAGAAGCGGCUAAAGAAGAAUGAUCGAUCUGAUCUUGUCUCAGGCAACCAUCACUCUCGCAGUCCCUCGCGUGAAGGGGAAGCCCCGAGACGCUCGGCCAAGGCCACCAGUCCACACCAAUCGCGUAAACCCGAGCAGCACUCCAACGUUAGCGAUGAGAGACGCGUACGGAAGAGAGAUGAGCGCACGAUGCCUGCCAACGCGUCUGAUCAGGAUACGGCGGCCAGGCAGUACGCUCUCAAGGCGAGACGCACUGAGUCUGAAAUUGCGCUCUCUUCCGAAGGCGAGACGUCUAAGCCUAGGCGCAAGCUUGUAUCGAAAGGGGCCCUGCGAGGAGAACGGGACACCCAUAGGCGCCCCAGCGUCACCUCGAGCGCGUCUGCCAUCCAAGAGCAUUCUAGUCCGCAUGAGAACCGCCACGACGAUGCGCCCGACAAGACUAAAUUUACUGAGAAGUACCAUGAUAGAGCGAAGGCACUCAAGCGAGAGGAGUCCAAAGAUUCUUCGAACACACAUGACGGCGCGAUCAAAAGACAUCGCAACAGUCUGACUCCCGACAGACCAGCAAACGGAGACAAAAGCCAAGGCGAGGUUCCAAUCAAACGUCGCAAACCAGAAACCGAAACCUCAGAAAAGCAGAAGCGGGCAAAACGCCCGCUUUCCCAGAGCGGGGCUAGGGACACUUCGAACAGCACUUUCUCUCAGGCAAAGUCCGCACAGUCCAGCAGUCGACGGGAACACGACUUGCCCACUGGCGACAAACCCGGGGAUUCCAAGACACAGUCAGACGACGCGUCCGUCCGAAUCAAAGCAGAAGAUACCGAUGUCGAUAUGCCGGACGCUGAAUCUCGCCCGGAACAUGUUGCCGCAAGCGUUGAGACCGAGAACAAUGACAAGAGAGCGGCAACCGCGACCUCGUCAGAGGUAUCACAGAAUCAGCCGAACCCAGACGUUCGACGCGAUAACGGCAAUGCAACAGACGACCGGGAUCAACUGGGCAAUUGUCAUCAAAGCAAAGAAGAAGAGCAUCGCGCCGAUUUAUCCAACCAAAGAGAGAACGAGGACAAGAAGCGUAAGGAGGACCUGGAGCGAAUGCACCAGGAAGAAAUGCGCAAGCAACGCGUUGCCGAGGAGAAAGCCCAGCGCGAAGCCGAGGAAAAGGCCCGCCGCGACAAAGAGGAGGCUAAGCGCGUCGAAGCCGCCCGGAAGCGUAAAGAGGCGGACGAGCAAAAGCGCCGUGAAGAGGAGGUGCGACUACAGAGGGAGCGGGAGGCUGCCGAAGAGAUUCGGCGUUUGCGUGAGGAAGAAGAGCGUCGUGAGCGUGAGCGUCGUGACAAGGCACACCGCGAAGAGGUGGAGCGCAAGCGGGCAGCUCGCGAGGCGGAACAAAGACGCCUACGGGAGGAGCACGAAGCUGCCCGCCUGGACAAACUCCCUCCAUUGUUGCGCUGGCUCGACACGUGCCCCAACCCAAAACUACCUGCGUUGGCCGACAAGUUCAGAACGCUGCAGGGAGUACGCUACGACACCAUUCGCCCAGAAUUCAACCAUACGGCGGAGGGUCGAGAGCAAUGGGUUCUGAACACUCACGCGGCGCUUCUACUGGGCGAACAGGAUCUAAGUCUCACAAGAUACACUGACUGGCAGCGCGUCCCUGUCUCCAACCUUGCCAAAAUCACCCUUUGGCGGAUCGAGAGUCUCCUAUACUCGUUGUUGGACAAAAAGACUUGGGAACUGGGUCAGCAGUUGCCCCACUACUACGAAGGCGCGAGUCCUCUCUCAAUGUCCUUGCCUGCUAGGGAGAGGCUGCGGGAGGCUGCUUGGGAAAGGUUCCGCAACAUGGACUUGUUCUUUGUCAGGGUGUCCGAUUUACUGUAUACGAUACCCAACAUUCCUCAUUUGCGCAACACCAAGAUUGUGGUCACGUAUCGUGAACUGAUCGAGAACGAUACCCAACGGCUGGGAUGGGUACCAGCGCAGAAGUGGAAGCAUGAUCCCGACGCGAACAGGUAUGGCGGUUUCUUCGCCCCGCGCAACAAGUACUAUAUCACCGGACGCCUCGUUGGCGAAGAUAUGCCACAGCCGGCCGAAACGAGCCCAGUACCGUUUCCCGAACAACCAGUGCCUCGUCGGGGUCUGAUACAGGUGUUCCCUAGUGAUCCGGACUAUACACAGCGAUGUCUGGACCAGGGACUGGAGCAUCUUGUAAACAGACCCAAGCAGCAUCUGAUUCCUAACGGGGUUCACUCACCGCCCAUCAGCCAUCGGGCUGAUACACCAAGCGCAGAGGCAGAGGAUGACGCACACGCUGAGUCUCUCAACGAGUCGCGUUCAAUUAUGAACGGGUACAUCUCAAAUGGCCUCACUUCGAAUGGUCACUGA